GAGCGAGGCGGAGGCGGAGCCGGCCCCGGGAGGGGAGGAGCCGCCGCCACCGGGGCGAUAUAAGGCUCGGGGUGGCUGGGGGAAGCAGCUCCGAGCUACAGCGGAGAACUGAGCCGGGAUCCCUCGCUGCGGAGCAGAGCGCGCCCUGCGGUUUUGUGACCUUCCAGGUCUGCUGCCCCAGAUGGAGACCAUGCAGGAGCUGAUUCCCUUUGCCAAAGAAAUGCUCAGCCAGAAGCCCAGCAGCAAGAUGGUCAAGAUCUAUAUGCUGGGCAGCGUGCUGGCUUUCUUCGGGGUGGUUAUUAGCCUGGUGGAGACAGUCUGCAGCCCUUUCACCUCUGAAGAGCAGCUACAAGAGGAGGAGGAGGAGGAGAAGAAGAGACCUCCCCUGGCCAAAGAGCAUACAGCCCCCCAGAAACGGGGGGAUUUGAUCGUGGAGAAGAGCAAAGAGCAGGAUGUAAUGCAGAGGAACUUGGUGAUCAGGCAGCGUGCAUCCUAAAACAGACUGCCCAGUCAGUGAUAGGUGUGCACAAGAGACUGCUGGCCUGUCUGAUCGCCAGGUGCGGACUCCAGGGAGAAGGGAAUUGACACUGACUGCAGAUGCAAGGGACUCUAGAGAAGUGACUAUUAUUUGCUGCCAUGCAGCAGUUGAAAAACGCCACCUGUUGAAUAUGUACCCUUUUGUUGGUAUAAAAAGGUGUAAGGUGCCUGGCCUUUUGCACCAACAUGUUUUUUAUUAUGAAUAAACUUUACAAAUAUAUUUUGCAUUAUAAAUAAAUAUUUUAUACAUUA